UUUUUUUUCUUAAUCCCAUCACUUCAAAGUCUUCUUCCUUUCCGUACCACUAACUCACACUUUUAUCAAAAACCACUUGCUGGUUAUCCCUUGACUCCUUUAUUUUCUGAAUCCGAAAAGAAAAAAAUGACUCCAAAACGUUCCUCGUGCAUAUUCGAUUCGCUUCCUACGUUGGAUUCAUGGUACGAUAAAGAACCGAUACCGACACCUUCCAGGUCUUGCGCUACUAGCAGAAAAUCCAUGCCCAAACGAACGAAAUGUGGCCAAAAUGUGUCCUUUUCUUGCGAUCCACCGUCCGUGUGCUAUCUCGAAGGCGAUUGCGAUUAUACCGAUAAAGAAUCUCACGAUGUAAGAAAAAUCUGGAAACGAUAUAUUGGAAGAUUCUCAAGACGUCCGUCCGCUGCCGUCUGAUCAUGAUUGGAUUUAAGUUUGCCGGAUACAGACCCGUUAUGCAACCUUGUUUUCCCUCGCCUGGUUUUUUUUUUCUGACUUUUUGGUGCGCUCCAGUUCCCUUGCAAUUUUGACUUUCAACAACUUUACAACCCAAUACUUGUGUUACACAACACCAUUCCCAUCCAACCCCUUUUCGGUCACUGCCACCGUGUUACUAAUUUUAUCCACGUAAUUCCUCAUAUUUCAACAUUACCACUUAUACUAUUUAUUACAGCCUAAUUGCACUUUUAAUACCACACUCUCUAUAACAAAUAAAAAGAGUUGCAUAAAAAAAAUAUC